CGGUGAGCCAUGCGGGGGGCUAAGUGAGCCAGUAGCCGUAAUGCCUCGAGAGGCGCGAUAAUAGCAGACAGACUUGCGUAUGAGUAUACCGGGUUGUCGGCUCUCUCCGAAUACGGAAAUAGAGAAGACUCGCUCCCGUCUCUCUAUUGGAGGAAUAACUAGGUGAUUCUACCCGAUUGAUCGUCGUCGAAAACCUCAACCAGUCAUCUGGAGCGCGGGACUUGGUCGCUCACAGUGCGUGGCACGGACUGCGUCUUAGACGUGACAUCCUCUCUCUUAGACGCAUUCCACCACUACCACCACUACUUCUGCUACGGUCUAUUAUAUCGUAAAAUUCUGUGUCGAUCACGGAGGUCGACGCUCCAACCUAAUCGUCAGACUCUUCUCUUUCUUCCUUUGCCUGUUUAACUGUGCGUAUCUCUGCUCGAAAAUGGCCGAUUUAUUCUCGCUGCGGGGCGAGACCGCCCUCGUAACCGGCGGGACGAGGGGCAUCGGGCAGGCCGUCGCCAUCGGCCUCGCCGAGGCGGGCGCGGACGUGUUGCUGGUCCAGCGCUCUGCCGAAUCGACCGAGACCAAGAAAGCCGUCGAGGCGCUCGGGCGCAAGGCGUACAUCUACGUGGCGGACCUGGCGGACCCGGCGGCGGUAGCCGCCAUCGUGCCGCGCGCGCUCGCGGACGGGCACACGAUCCGGAUCCUGGUGAACUGCGCGGGGAUCCAGAUCCGGCACGCGCCGGAGGCGUUCCCGGACGCGGACUACCGGGCGGUGAUGGGGGUGAACGCGGACGCGGUGUUCGCGCUGUGCCGGGACGCGGGCGCGCACAUGCUGGGGCUGGCGCCGUCGGCGACGACGGGCCGGCGCGGCAGCAUCGUCAACUUCGCCAGCCUGCUCUCCUUCCAGGGCGGGCUCAACGUCCCCGCCUACGCCGCCAGCAAGGGCGCCGUCGUCCAGCUUACCAAGAGCUUCGCCAACUCCUGGACCGCCCGCGGCGUUACCGUUAACGCCGUCGCCCCCGGCUACAUCGCUACCGACAUGAACGAGGCUCUUAUUAACGAUACUGACCGCGCCGCUAGCAUCACCGCGCGUAUUCCCGCCGGCCGCUGGGGUACCCCUGACGACUUCAAGGGCAGCGUCGUAUACCUCGCCAGCAGGGCGGGCGCGUACGUCAGCGGACACACGUUGGUUGUCGAUGGUGGGUGGAUGGGCCGGUAGACGGGAAGGAUAGGGAUAGGGAGACGGAGAGGAUGAGCGGGUUGGACGGUGUGUGGUGGGAGCAGAGGGAGUUACAUGUGUAAUCGGAAGACGAGAGCAAAGCCCGGUCUUACAGGAGUUUACAACGAGAGCCCAUAAGAGAGUCAA